AUGGACAGGAAUGAGGUUUCACCGGCGACUGCUGCCACCAUGAAAAAGAAGGCGGUAGGCGGCAGCGGAUGCAGCCACAUCAACGCACCGAAGGCUGCCGCGUCCAAAUGCACAAGAAGCAGCAGCAGCCAGAACUGCCUGGACGCCGGUUUCCCCGGUGCACAAAACGCUAAGCAGUCCGGUGCUGCCAGCAACGUCGUGAUGGACGAGACGGAGGACGGAGAAGAGGAGUCCAAGUUUCAGCAUCCGCGGUUGCGCCGAGCCGGGGGGAGCGGCAGCGGCGGAGGUGGAGGAGGAGGCGGCGGCAGUAUUAGGAUGAAGAACUUUACGCCAGGAGGGGGAGCCGCGUCCUCGGGUUCCAGGAGAAACUCCAGCAAGGAGCCCAGCCAUACGCACACAGAGGACGCUCCCGCCGCUUCACGGCCCACUGUUGCCUCCAGAUCAGCCGAGACCCAGACACCCUGUCCGGGCGAUGUUGCCCGGCGCAGAGAGACCAGGCGAGCAUCUGGGGCGGAGGCGUCGGAAUCAGCGGUCGCGUUAGAGGUUUUAAACGCGACAACGGGUGAUGGUUGCAACAGCAUCGCUCCAAUUUCCAGCAUGAAAUGCAACAAAAACGGAGAAUGCAGGAGGGACUCUGGUACCGGGAGCCUGCGCUCAAUCAUCUCCAAACAGGAGAAGCAGACGGGAGGGUCGGGGAGGGCCGAGGACGGGGGGAGCGCGAAGCGGGGAGCCUGUAAUUCGGCCACCGCCAGCAUGGAUGGCUCCAUCACACCAGGUGGGUCUCUGACCGGGGGGCAAGGAGGCGAGAGCGCUAACCCCGGUGCUACCCCCGUGUCCAGCGGCGUCCCUGAGAAAAAGGACUCCAAGGUGUCCUUCUCAAACGCACCGAGCCGGAAAGCCUCGUCGUCGCUGCACGGCCCGGCUCAGACUCAGACCCAGCAGCCCAGGAACUCUGUCACUUUCCAGAAGCCAGAGGAUGGACCGCCAAUCGUGCCCGCCGAGGACGCGGAGCCUCAGGGCAGCCAAGCCAGCUUUAUGCAGCGGCAGUUUAGUAGUAUGCUGCAGCCCGGGGUUAACAAAUUCUCUUUACGCAUGUAUGGUAGUCAAAAAGCAGUGGAGAGAGAGCAAGAGAGGGUAAAAUCAGCUGGAAAUUGGAUUAUCCACCCUUACAGCGAUUUCAGGUAAGAGCUGGGGCUGCCAUUGGUUGCACGUUGAAAGUCAUGAGGGGCCCGUGUGAGUCCUCAUAGUCAUCUACAACUCACUUUGCUGUGCGAGACCACUGUGGCUUCAUGGGGAAUACAUGUAUGGUUAUUGUACAAGGCUACUGGCAGCUGGUUUCCCAUCUCAUCCCCUCUGAGUGAAUCUGUAGAGAUUCAAAUCGAUGCAUUGCAACGUGCUGCCGUUUAUCCCCCAAACAACCUGUUGUCAGGCAAAUGGACUUUGGCGAGGAGUGUCCUUUCAAGGUUGUAAACAAAUCCUAUUCCAGUCUGUAUGUACAGUAGCAUGUCUGGGAUGCUCAACAAGCCCGGCCUGCUAACACGACCCCACUUUUCGUUGAAGCACGCGCACAUUUAACAGAGGACGGCGAUCUGACGCUAAUUUGAGCUGAUUUUAAAAAGCCAUUAUUAUUCAAAGACGGGCUUAUUAUUAUUCGUUGUAGUCUAAGCUCUGCGACAAGAGCCGCGCUGACAGGAUGUAGGCUAUGUCUGUGUGUGUAUGUGUAUGUGUGUGUGUGUACGCUAUGCACUCAGUAAUGGAAUGUCACCUUGAGCCAAGUGUGCGAAAACCUCAAGCAUGCUCACUGGAGACACAUCCGCCUGUUCGACUCCCCGGAUCCUGCAUUUUAAUGACGGAUGCGCUGUGUUUAUCUCGGCCAAAACACUCAUGACCCGGCUGUAUACGUGCAGCAUUUUGUCAUACAAAUAUUUACUGACAUGUACGGGGCCAAAGAGGUUCCUCGUGACUUGAGCUCGAUGAUUUAGCCCCGUUAUGUUUUUUCAGCAUUUACAAGUGCCUGGAUUGGAAAUCGGCGUGUUUGGCUGUCAGCUGGGGUGUUUGUUUUCAGCACCACACUGGAUGGACAGCUCCUGGCUAAUUUGGAGUCGGCUCGCGCGUCAGAGCGCUACAUCUUGAAUUAUCCCACCUUUAUUAUUUGGCUCUUUUGUGUCACGUUACGCCGCGUUAGUAGACCACCAAAGCUAAACUUGACACGUUUUCUUCAGCAGAGAUGUAAAUUGACCACAGGCCACCGUGGAGUCCUGUCUUUUCCAUGUGAACUCCCACACAGCUGACUCCAUUGUUUAUUGAUGCGAGGUCAAACGUCAAAGGUGUCUCGACUUUAGGCUACCUCUCAACGCGGCGCUUAUUGUUUUUGCCGGGAAGUGGAGGAGUCAGAGCUUGUUGCAUAAGUCGCAGUGUAAUGACUCAGCGCUGCACCUGUCCCGCAGAGACUCCUCUGUCGGGCUUAAACCCCCCCAGUUCUCUCAUCCUGUCUGUCCCAUCUACCGGAGUGCUGCCUCACCACUGGCAGCACAUAGAAAGCCACAAUACUGAAAAGUCAAAAGUUACACACAAUGUGACAUUUUUGAGUCCUGGACACCCAUACUCCUCUUUAAAAGUUCAAAGAAACAUACUUAACAUGUUUUAAUCAGCUUAGUGCUAAAUGAGUUUUCUUAAUUUUUGUGAGAAUUAAGAGUAAAUCCACUAAGCUAGCUACACCAACAUAUCAGAAAUGAACUCUGUUUUGGGCCCCAGAGACCCUGGAUAUAGAGUGUUUCUGAGGAGGAUAGUUCAGCUCUUCCCAAAUUUCAAACAAGUGGUUUAAGACUCUAGUUAAGAUAUUAAUAGCUUUUUCCAAAGGUUUUUCCUAUGAAGGAUAAUGUCUUUAUUAUAAAACAAAUGCACAUUAGAUGUAUCGAACUGGUAUUUCAAUUCUGCUUCCUCAGUUUUAAGGAAAACCAAGACAUUUCCAACUAUCUGGUUUGGUGUUUUUAACAAGAAAGUAAAAGAAACGUCAUACCAUGUAGAUAAAAAGGGGUGAGUGCUGCAGUGGGUGAAAAAUGAUAUGGAAUAAUCAGGUGCCUCUCAAAUAUGAGGGACAAUGGUGAAAUUGCAAAAUAGAUAAAUAGAAAUAAGGUGUGACCUGACAGAAGUCACUUGACACCUGAAGGCAAUCGAUAAAAAAAACACCCACAGACAGCAACCAACUAAAGGGAGGACAGAGUUAAAGCAUAUCAUCUUGUACACAGAAUUUUAAAAAACCAUACUAGUGUACACAUGGUAGAUUAAAACUGAGGCAAGUAGUUGUUCAUGAAUAACCUCACCGGUCGUUAAUUUAUUUAUGAUUGAUUUAAUUAUGCUUAAUUAAGCUAAAUUUAACUUGUAAGACAAUCCAAUGUUAUAAAAAGGUAAAAUAUGAGGACCAAUGUUUCUUCCAUCUCGUAACCCAUUUGAAUCUUAAAAUUUCAGCCGGAGAAGCUCAUCAACCCCCCUUAGUCACACACAAGCUAUUUAAAAUAAUACAUCAAAAAAUAUCAUCUGAGCUGGAUUUUUGAUUUCAAUGUUCAGACAAUUCUAUGUUUUAUUGUUUCAAGAAUGUUGAACUUAAGAGAAAUAUCUUUUUAGAUGGUGAUUUGAAAAUGGUAAGUUAAGUCUAACAUCUCUCUGUCAUUGCUCUCUGCAUGCUCAGGCAGGAAGGUGUGACUCCUGCACUCUGUUUACACUUUUCCAUCCUCACUUAAGAAGUCUCUUGUGCCUAUUGACUUUCCACUGCAACUCCAUUUCCUUAUCUGACUCUAUUUUUGUCCUUCCCCACCCCCUUUUCACACACACACACACACACACACACACACACACACACACACACACACACACACACACACACACACACUCACUCACCUUAUAAACACAACACACUUUCAUGGACACACCAUAACUACACUCACACACACGCCAGGUUCUACUGGGAUUUCACAAUGCUGCUGUUCAUGGUGGGCAACCUGAUCAUCAUCCCCGUGGGCAUCACCUUCUUCAAGGAUGAGACCACAACACCCUGGAUCAUCUUCAACGUGGUCUCCGACACCUUCUUCCUCAUGGACCUGGUGCUCAACUUUCGCACUGGAAUCAUCAUCGAGGACAACUCAGACAUCAUUUUGGACCCCAAAACUAUAAAAAAGAAGUACUUAAAAACUUGGUUCAUUGUGGACUUUGUUUCCUCCAUCCCAGUGGAUUACAUAUUCCUUAUAGUGGAGAAAGGCAUCGACUCAGAGGUAUACAAGACCGCACGGGCCCUGAGGAUCGUCCGCUUUACAAAGAUCUUGAGUCUCCUGAGGCUGCUGAGGCUCUCCAGAUUAAUACGUUACAUUCACCAAUGGGAAGAGGUAAGAGCAUAUGUUUCAUGACUCUCCCUGUGGAAGUAGUAUCCUAAUUCUGAUCACACAACUCUGAGCCAUAGAUGAAGACAUAUCAAAUCUAGCCAGUGAUGUAAGGUCACUUAUUCCCCUCCAAUAUGCUGAUGUUGGCUGGAGACCAAAUCAACAAUCUGCCUCUCUGUCUGCUUUGAGCUGCGCCUCUCCGCUGCAGGCUCCUUAUUCAUGUUUUCACCUGCCACCUGGUGAGAAAUGUGUAAUGUCAGCAGCUUUAACUAACUUUGCAUUCUAAUGACUGUGAUUGUCGCACAUUCCCCCUACCGCUCUGUCUCCCUGUCUGACUGGGCAGUCCUACAGGUGGCAUCAGCUGAUCUAAUAAGAAGCUUAUUAGCAUGGGAGAACACAGUUAAUCAAUUAAGAUGCCAAAGGAGGAGCAGGUGGGAUAAUACGCAGCACUAGGGGGCUGUUUAUUAUGAUUAUAUAUGUCACUGAUUGGUUAUUUAAAGAAAUGAGAGCUGUGGCAUUGCAAGAGGGUGGCACUUGGGUUGGCAUGACCCCUCCCUAGAAUUUGACCAUCCCAGGUGUCUACAUACACACAAUGACUGAUUUUUUGUAAGGUCAAAAAUUGGGCUGAAGUUGAAACCUGGCACCCGGCUGCAAGCAGCUUUUUUUGGCGAUGUUGCUCAAAUUUUUGUAGUUAGUCCUUUUUACUGCAAAAUUUGGAGAUACAACUUUGUAGCCAUUAAAGAAUCAAGCACAUCUGCCUUAUGUUUCCCAAAAAAUCCAUACACUGAUACCCAACAACUGUUGAUCACAUCAGUUUUAGUUAGUUAAAGCUCCUGUGAUUACUUUUUUAUCUUGUCAUGAAAUGGCCAGACAUUAAUACUGUGGCAUCAUCUUGAUCCAUAGAAGCAAACAAGGCCAUCAGUGUAAAUAUUGUGUAUUUCUCUGCUUGUUUUUUUUAUUGAAACAGUUGGCCAAGGGUAGGUGUCAAAUGAGGAGAAUAGCAGCAAGCUAAAAAAGACCUAACUGACAUUUUCCUUGUCAAACAUUCACAAUAAGUGGUCCAUUUGUUUUAAAUACAUUUCUUUGUGUUUAUAUUUGCAACCUCUGUGAACUUACUAGUGCUUCUUAUCCCUUUCCCAAUCCUGCUCUGUACAUGUACAUUCCUUGAUUUUUUAAAAAACCCAAAACAGCCCUCUAUUUUGCCCUCCUUGCUUAUAAACAGUUUUAGUCUGCAGCUGUAGUUUGCUGUUGAGCAGCAGAAUAACUGGCAUUUAAAUGAAGUAAAAAGGCUUGUUCAGGAUGGUCUUGUUACCUCGUGGCCUCAGCUAGAUUAAAACCUCCUCACAGAUGUGAUUAAUAGCGAUCAUUAAGUUAAUAACUCACUGUUUGAACACAUUUAUUCAUGCUAUCCUGUGAAGUGUCCCCCAUCAAAAAAUCCUGGACGCACCUUUGAGCUUGAGUCGUGAGAUGAGGGGGCGUUUGACUGGCAGACUCUGGAUGUGUGAAUCGGUGCUGUUGCUAGGUAGAGGUCCUGCUUCCUGAACUCAGUCUGACCUCAAAGCCCCCUCCUGCUCUUCCUGGCACACUCAGCUUUUAUUUACAGUGUGAGGGACUGAUAGGGACCUUGCUCCAGCCUCUCCUCCUACUUCUCCUCCCUCAAAUGAAGGACAGCGGCCUGAGAGACAGGAGUCCCAACCAUGCCAUGAGAUCACUCGACUUUUUGUGUAUGCCAGUAUUGGCAGCCGGGUGUUGGCAUUUUGCAGUGGUGAGCAGCACAGUGGGGCCCGGCUUCGAACUUGACCUUUGGAUAAUUGGAUUUCUGAAGAUAUGACGUUGUGCGCGUGCGCACACACACACAUGCGCGCGCACACACAGGGUGGUGCAAGAUGGGAAGUGAUACUUGGCAUGCAUGAAAAAUGAGAGUGGAGACGUGAUGAGGAAUGGAGACACUUGAAGAGUAAAGGCUAAGUUACAGAAGUCUGUCUUUGUGUCGAUAUCUUACAGCUUAAUGAUCCAGGAUUUAUAACACUUCAAUUACUUUGAAUUGAGAUGUUUGAUUUUUUCUGAUUAUUAAGUUCUGCUUUUAAAGUUGAGGAUAAGGGAUAAGUACUCUGGGCUAGUGGAGGAGUGCCGGAGCAAUGGAUGGCAGGCAAGAUGCCAACCCAUCAAGGUGGGAUGCCGAGGUUUUGUGGGCCAAUCCUUCUGCAGGACCUACAAGAUGCUGGGCAUCCCAGGAGCCAGCCAGCGGAGGGCCAUCAAGGUGGCCACCAAUGCAGAAGAGGUGGCAUCAAGAUGGCUGUGAAUCAGGAGGGGAGAGGCCUGGCUUGUAGGGUAGAGCGACCUGGAUAGAAGCCGGAGCCUGAUCAACCCCAGCUGGGUCACCUGGGGGAGGGGUUCUGAUUGUUAAAAGACCCCAAACCCCCUGUGAUCUUAGGUUACAUCACUAAUGAUGUGUCCAGGUGCAUCAUAGGAUGUCUCUAAAAAUUGGCAUCUUUACCUUUAUUUGACAGGACAGCUGAAGAGGGAAGUGGAAAUGUGGGGAGCAGAGAUUGGGGAUGACAUCCUGCAAAAUGUUAAGAAUCAGGGACCACUGCAACAAGGACUAUAGCCUCUGGAUUUGCCAGACCAACACUCCAGAAAGUUCUAUUUACUCCCAAUUCAGACACUUGGGUAUUAGCUGGGAUGUAUGCUAUAAUUGCUGUUUGGCUAUAACCAAAAAGAAACCCCUAAAGAAACUCAGCAUUUAGAGACAAGCUAAGCUAAUGCUAACCGCAACUCAGCUUACACCAGGACCCUCCUGGACUUCUGUGUUCUCCUUUUUAUCCCCUUUAUAGUUUGAACAUUUGUGUUUUUGUCCUGGAGGGGUUUUAUAAAUCAUUAUUGAUUUCUAACACUUGUAUGGGAACCAGAGCAGCUCUGGGAGUCUCUCUGAGCUGUCUGUGGUGCUGAACAUAUCCGUCAGGCUGCACAACAUAACUGCAUGUUAACACAGUUUCACCCAUCCGUCCUCAGCAUAAGGAAGAUACAACAAAGAAGUCUUUUUGUGAGCUGCUGAUUGAUGGAGACUGACACUGAAAACCCCAUAAAGGUUAAAGCACCAUUUAGAAAGAUCAGCACAUGUGAUUCAUGCCCAGCCUCAUUCCUUAUCACUCCAAUUACAGAGUAUCACUAUUCUCUCAGCUGCACUGAGUAACAGAUGACCCAUCUCUCAUCCCAGUGCAGUUUUCUCCAGCCAACAUUUCUUUGACUCUUAUUUCAGAACAUAAAACAUUUUUUUCCAGAUUUGAUUAUUAUAGAAAUGAUCAGGGUAUUAAAUAGAGAAACUGAGAAGUGAAGCAGCAAAAAAGUGCUUUCCUAAAGUCCAUCAGGUGAUUAUAUGAAAUGACUGCCCAGCGACACAGGAUGAUUGAUGUGUGAGACAACACAGACUAUCACUUGUUAAGGAUCAUGAUGGUCCCUGUCCAUCACUCUGUGAGUUUGUGUACACGUUGGCAUGUGUUGUUAUUGUAUUAGUGUGCCUGUAGGCUUGCGUGAGUGUUUUUUGUGUGUAAAUGAACUGUGUGUGUGUGUGUGUGUGUGUGUGUGUGUGUGUGUGUGUGUGUGUGUGUGUGUGUGUGUGUGUGUGUGUGUGUGUGUGCAAGCCUUUGAUUGAUGUCACAUAUCUCUGAGUAAAAAAUACCUUGCCGUCUCUUACUGUGUUUGAUUUUCGACUGCUGGUAACCUGCCUCCCCUACUCAUUAAUCAAACUUGGUAUGGUCCAAAAGAGAAAGUGGAGCCAACAGGGAUGCUUGUUCUGCCACUGAGAAAUAAACUCUCUAAAAACUUCAUUAUUACUUUUAGAGCUCAUUUUCCAAAUCAAAAACACAAAAUUUAAAUUUCCCCUUCUCUCCUACAUGUCUUACUCCAGAUCUUCCAUAUGACCUAUGACCUGGCCAGCGCGGUGAUGAGGAUCUUCAACCUGAUUGGUAUGAUGUUGCUGCUGUGUCAUUGGGAUGGCUGCCUGCAGUUCCUGGUUCCCAUGCUGCAGGACUUCCCCUCAGACUGCUGGGUUUCCCUCAACAAGAUGGAGGUUUGUGUCUAAGGGUCGUGUCAGUGGAUUUAAAGACUCCCGUUUUCAGAGACAUCCACAGGUGCGGGUCAGUGAGACAAGAAUCAGAGCUGCAGUAACAUCAGCAGGUUUAAUGAGGGACACUGAUGUUUGGACUUACUGCCAACAUCAGGGUGCUAAUAAGCUCCCUAUACGAACACUAACAUGUCUACACAUUGUCUGUAUUCACAGCUUGAGUUUGCAAGCUAAUAAUCUCUAUUCAGCGUCAAACACAAACUCAGCGAAGGUUGAAUAAAAAGCAUUUAGCUCGGUUGGUGUUUGGGUAUUCACUAAUACAUUAAAAUAUGAAGAAACUUCUUUACUUACCUAUUUAGACAGUGUUCAUCUAAAUAUAAGAAAAACGUCCUGACAUUUUUCCAUCAAAAUUCAUUCUAUAUUUGAGAUAUUUCUGUUUGCCCUAAAGAGGUGGACGAUUUCCAUCUUGAAAGCUGCUGCGAAUGUGGCUAAAAUUGAAGGGUCCUCUAGGUUAGCUGUGACUGUUAUAUAUACUGUCAUUUGGAUCAAUGUGGUCCACUUUGAAAAGCUUGUACUGCACCAUUCAGGGAACCAUUAUUAUCCUAAGUGUUGCAAUUAUGCUAUUACUGAUUCAGGAGGAAAGUCAGUGUUUAUUUCCAACAAAUCAACAAAAUUACUCAUAUCACUGCCCUCUGCUGCAGCAUUCAGCUGUUGUGCCAGACAUAGGAAACAACAGUAGGAUACCAAUGAAGAAGCUGUGAAAGAGAAAGCAGAGAGGUUUGAGCACACCUCUGGAUCUGUGCGUGCCUCCUCUUCAUGGUGGGCUGAUGACAGAGAAAGAUAAAAGGGGAAAACAGAGGGAUGGAGGGGAGGCAGCCGGGCAGCUGGGCUCUUUGUUGCCCAGUCUCUCUUACAGAGAUAAAAGCUGCUUGUUUAUAGGUCUGUCUGUCAGACGGGCUUUUUACGGAGUAAGGGGGAGACCACACUAACCCAGACAUGAGGCACUGGUCCAAACAGGACUUAAAAUGAAUCAAGUCCAACUCCCAGACUCUGCCAAGGCCUGCUUUGUGCACUUAUAGAUUUAAGACUUGAAGUAUUUCCUGGAUGACAGCAGUAACUCUGGUUUUAUCGCUGUACAAAUGUAAUUCCAGCUAAAACAAGUUAAUGUGACAAGGAGAAUAAACGUUCUUGUUGGCUGGUUUAAAGUCUUGGAAACCUACUUUUUCCAGACAAAGUGAUAGUUUUUGGUAGAAUUGGACAAAAUCAUCCACCCUAAUCAGAAUGCCGGAACCCAAUAUCAAUAUGUGGGGAUAAUUGUUGCUCGAUCUCUGUCAGUGAGGUGUCAGAACAGUUGAGUCGGAUGAUAUUUUGGUCAUCACUAUCAACUAAAACAGCAUUAAUGUAAUUUUACUGCACACACACACACACACACACGCACGCACACACACACACACACACACACACACACACACACACACACACACACACACACACACACACACACACAAAAAGCUUUAUUGUUGCAAUAAAUACAGAUUUAGUAGAAUAGGGUGAAGUCAGAGGAUUCAUUGAUACAUGUAGAUUGGAAUACAUAGAUAUCUUUUUUAACAUAACUUAAUGGUUUCAGUUACUUUGAAUGUGCCAUAUUUGUACAUUAAAUGAUGAAAAAGUUGACAAGUGCAACCUUUGUACAUGGUCUUGUGAUGAAACAAUAUUACAGCCACAUAGGUUUAAUACACUGAUUUACACUUCUGGUCAAUCAAAUACUGGAGGCAUCUCUCUCUCUAUGAGUGGAUGGAUGUACCUUAAUGGUCCCAAACUGGAAAACUGUGGUGUUGCAGCUGCAGGUUGCAUCGGCUAUUGUACUCCAGUAUUGUUAGAAGUAUAUAAAUCUACAUAUAUUGCCACAUUACUAAGUAAUAGCCUCAAAUAAAGUAAACUCAAAAUCUUAAACUAAAUCUUAAUGUACAUGUCAGCAUUUAGAUUUCUUUGCAUAAAAUCGAUAUAUUGCACACACUACAUUAACCUUUCUCUAAAAAGCUCCGUCAGCAAAUUGACUCUCCUAUCACAGAAACUUUGGUAUGCCUGCUUUCACAAACCCACCUGACUGUCCAGAGGACAACUUGUUCUGCACACAGAGCCAAGUUUUAAGGUUCAGAAUGAUGAAGUUUGGGGCUGACAGGCCACUGACUCCUCUAUUGCUCUCUCUCUCUGUAUAUUCAGAGACAGUCGGUCUCUAGAGAGCUGUCACUCUGGAACCAAAGGGCCGCUCUGGCAUGGUACAGGCUGCCUACAGCCACCUGAGACCACCCCCCCUAUUGAGUGGCUGACAACUUGUAACAUUAGCCAUUGUGUUGCAGCCAGGCCAUCCAUCAAGUCCUGCACCCUACGGAGGCUGUGGUGGUGUGUGGCCCACAGGCGGGACCCAUGGAGGGCGUUCAGAACACUCUCUAACUCUGAAUGACAUCCACCGAGCAGUAAUUGGAUUCACUGGAAGUUGUAAUACCUCAGAGAAUAAUGGUUGUUUUUGCAGUACACCUCAGUUUCCAUCCAUUAGUCCCUUUACUUUAUAUUUAGCAUUAGUUUAUGCAACCUUGUCAGCCACAGUUAAUUUCCUCAGCAGAAUGUAGCUUGGUGGCAGAGUCUUGCUGCGUCAGAGGCGAAUGGGUAAUAAUAGUGACAGCAGUGCUAACAGACAGACACAGGGUGUAUAGUUUCAACACUGUAAUUACAACUAUGUGUGUACCCAUCCUUGUCAGAAUCUACAACACAGAGAUGUCUCUCUCCUAUUAUUCCCCACACCAUCAGCUGGAGGGGGCUCUGCGGAGAUAAGCUUGUCAUGUAAGGUGUUAAAUUCAUUUAGCAUUUACUCACUGCACCCACUUUGACCAAACAGCAACACAAGUCUGUUGCUGGACUUUGCAAAUUUGAUUUAAACUGCUCCCUGGGCCUGCAACAGCAUACAAACAUAGUGAGAGACAGAAGCAGCGCGGUCUCCGUAAAUGGACCAGGGGUUGGGUGGUGUUUUGCUUCCUGGGAGAGGAAAGGAGAGGAUGUGAUUAUCUCGGUCCCAGAGGAACUCAGGUGUUUUUGUUCUGAAGGAUCUCAUUGUGCUGAGGACUAGCAGUUCUGUAAUAUCCAAGUCAGGGAAGAAGUACUGUUUCUGCACUUAAACUUCACAGAAAGCAGCACUUACAAAACUUGGGCUGAAAUAUACUCAAGCAGGAGUGUAAAUGUCAGCAUCUAAGAGACUACUAUGUUAUGAUUGGUCUCUCCGAAUGAGCUGAUGUCAAACGCUGAUUAAAAUCUUUUUCUAGAUGAGGAAAUCUUACCGACAAAACCCUCUUAAGUCUCUUAUUCUAACAAGAGAAAAAAAGGAAAAACUUCUUCAGCAAUUGCUCCAUGAGAGGAGAGAGUUCAAAGUGAACUAAAUUGCGUCAAAACUCCUGAAUUAUGUUUCAUAACCAUUUAAAAAGCAACACAAAUCAUCAAAAAUAUCCACAAACAUUGUCUCACGUGAGUAACAACACAGAGAAGUGGAGCUUCUUCCGAGGCAAACCCUAAUCCUAUGUCUCAGACAUGUCUUAGAAAAAUAACCAGUGAUAAUGAUAAGGUUUACCUCAGCUUUUGUUUCAGGACCACAAAUGAGCAACGAAGAUUAUUAAGAAGUGAGUUCAUAAGAGUGUAGCUUUGAUUUGUUUGAUUCUUACAGUAUAGGGUUACCAUAUUCUAAUUUCCCAAAAAGAGGACACUACUAUGCAGGGCGGAGUUGUGUGCAUGCAAAAUUUUGUUUUUUUUUUCCAGGUCGGGUCGAAUGUUUUUUACGCAAUGGUCUGGGAUGCGAAGAUAAAGUACACGCUAAAUAAACUCAAAACUAUGGACGCCCGUUUCUACCAGUCAUAAUAAAAAAAAAAGUUAGAUAAAAUGUUUCAUCUUUGAAAAAAAAAAAGAAAGACAAAAUUUUAUUUCACCUUUUUUGUUUGUUAGUUUUCACUGACGGAAACAGGUUUCCAUACAGAACCCCAGAUUUUGAAGGAUUUUAUAAACUCCCCCUGGACAGCCCCCCAAGAGAGGACAUGCACGGGUAAAAGAGGAUGUAUGGUCACCCUUUCACUUUUGUCAUUUGUGCUAAAUUUUUGGCGUAAAACAUUGAAAGUAGUUUUUUAAAAAGGUCAUCCUAAAAACAACAAAAACGUUGAACAAAAUCAACAUUUUUCUGAUAACAGUGUAAAGCAGACGCCUGGAUCCAGAGGAUAAUUGACUGAAAAUGUAAAGUAAACAGCUCGCAUGGCUUUGUCCAAAGUAAAAGACACACCUGUCAACAUGUAGCUUAUAAAAGUUGCUAAUUUUUUUGUUUAAUCCCUAAACAAAAAAAAAAAAAGAAAACUUAAUUUUACAGAGUUGCAUGUUUGUUAUUAGCAGGCUUGCUUUCUUACACUACUUCAAGUCUUGCCAAGUAAGCGAGCUUGUUCACGCUAGCCACAAACUUGGCACCCAGACAUUACUAUGAGUCUUUUAAUGCCUGCACAAGACUCUAGCAUGCAUGAAAAAAAAAAAAAAAACUCAAGGCAGCCAUCAUACAUUGUUCAUGUGGAUGGAGAGAAAAAACAGACUUUUUUGUUUUUUUUUAGCCUUACAAUGAACUGUCAGGGAACAAAGGAUGACUUUCCUUUCACAUCCAGAAACAACAUAUUUCACUGCCCACCCAACAGAUUACAAAGAGACCACACACACACACACACACACACACUGACACAUGCACCGAGGCAGACUAGAAGAAAGGACGGGACAGACAGCGAGAGGGAGAGAACGAGAGAGGGAGUGAGGAAGCAACAGAUUGAGCUGACUGUACAAUAAACUCAGAUAAGCCUUUGUAAACUAAAGCGGUGGGUGUGUGACAGGCCAGGCCAAGAGCUUGGAGCAUUGUUGAUUAUCUUUAGAUUUUUGUCCAGCUUAUUGGCCGACGGAGAAACAAAGUGAUCGGCCAUUCGGCAUGAUAUGACUCCAUUUCCACCUUUCCCCGCUUAGACAUAGAAAAUACUUAUGGCUGUGAAGACCAUGGUGGAAGGAGGGUAGAAGAAACAAGACUUGAUAAAGGAGGCAAGAAGGGGACGGUCAGCUUUCCUGUUUGAUUUUGCAGUGUUGCUCUAUCUCAUUUGAAAAUCUUAUCUGUAUACUGUAGCCUGUGCCGCUAAGAAACACACUGAAUAUGAACAUGUUAAAUAGAAGCAGGAAAAAGGGAUCACAUCUAUUUUUUUUACUUUAUAAAAAGUAAAUGAGGUAAAUGAGGUGUUUCUCUCAUUUCUUUUCUAAAUGCUGACUGUAUUGUCACUUUUUCAUACGCGUCCAUCCUUUUUAAUAAACAUUCCUGCUUCACAGUCAUGUUAAUAUGACUUUCAGCACAAACAUCCCGUCCCAAACGCUGGAACGCCUUGUCCUCUCUGGAAAGCGGAGAAUGAACAUGCUCAUGGUCAUGGCGUUUGGCAGGUGAAAUUUAUGUCCGAGUUUAUAUAUAUAUGAGAUAUACGAGGCUUGCUGCACUGCAAGGUCGCACAAACACUAACAAAGAGGCAUUUUAGGACACUGGAAGAUAAAUUUAAAGCCCCCUGUGUUAUCAGCCCACUUCACACAGACUAUCUGCAGCUAAUGGAGACGGUGAUUACCAACAAAGCUACAGAUAGUUCUCAAACUGAACUCCCAGGGGAGGGUUGUUGAGACUUAUGAGGGUACAGAGUCCCUGUCUCCGUCUCUCCUGCCUGUGCUAUUUCAGAAUCAAAGUGCUCAUCGUUCAUCCAUUAUUCAAUCUCUUUCACUCCACUGUUUCUCUUUCUGUUUGCACAUACACCAUUUAGCCUCAGCCCACUUGGUGGAGCUGUAUUUAUUUUUGGAGUCUGCUCAUGACGGAAAAGUCCUUCCAUCACUGUGUGGCCCUUUAACGUUGAUGACGGUUUCCUCUGGAGACAACUUGUGUCGUUUUAUUGCACGUGUGUUUCCCAGUUUGCUCAUUUAUUACGCAAUGUAACAAAUAAGUCAGUUAGUUAUAAAUCAGGAAGUAUUUAGUGAUCUGUUCUGGGUUUAUAUUUUUCUGAAGAUUCAAUCUCGUACAGUCAACACUUCAAAAAACAUCGAAAUCUCUUAUUGAUAAUGAUACAAUAAACACAGAUAAGUUUAUUUUAUUGCAUCAAUCAUCUAUUACAAGGAAAACACUGCAUUACAGAAGCUCUACAACAUCUAUAGCUGCUUUGGGUUAAAUAUAGUUAUGCUGUGGAAAUCAUGUUUCUGGUGAUACUGACUUGAAAAUAAAGAUCAAUAUCAAUCAAAUCAAACCGUUUAAAUGAUCUUAAAGACGCUUCUGUGUGCUUAGACAGUUUUUUCUUCAGUCAUGAAAAGUUGACACUUGGACUGUCCAAAUGUAACUGGACGGUGACGAGGAUAAUCAAGUUACUUUGAAAAUAAAAGCAGGGAGAGGAAAGUGUGUGGUGUAAUGUUCUUGCGAAUGCACUAAUAGGCUGUUAAUGCACUUCUAUAAGUUACAGUGGAGGAUAUAGUUGAUCCCUCUGUGUAACCUCUGUGUAGAAAGGAGUGAGUGUGCAUUAGUUUGUAACCAUGAGAGAAAAUGUAGUUUUUGGAGCUCUUAGAGGUUUUCAGGAGUCUGUUUUUGCCUUCACAGAGGCUUUGAUAACAACAUUUCAUUACCAAGGAUACUUGCUUGUUUGAAAGGAUAAAUUUGAUCCAACCAGAAAACGGUUUUAGUCCUUUUUUUUCCUUUUUGGCUUUAUCUUGAAUUAGUUGGCGUCAGCAGCGUGUUCAGGUUGAGGUCACUGCGGUCACAUCUCAGUGCUAAUGAAAGGGAAAAAGGAAACAAAGGAAGCUCUGCAGACAAAAGUAUCAGAUCAAUGGAGCUGCUGUGGAUUGCCCAGUCACCCUCCCUCCCCCGUGAUGCAGGGUUUUGACAGGACUCAGAGGAGUAUCUCAGCUCCACGAUUUAAAGGUAGAGAAGCUCCUGCAUCCUCACAGAAAUCCUACAUGACUGCUGUCCUCUGAUGGUUUUGUGAGUUACAGCCAGAGAUCUGUUCAUUCAUGAAUCUGAACACUAUAGCAGCCUGGUGACCACUGCCCGGCUGUCACCUCCUGUAGUAGACUGCUUUUUACGCAGCUCUGAAAGGGCAUAUUUAAUGACCUCUCAUUACCAUUAUUCACAGAGGAAAUAAUUUUCAAACUGUCUCCACUUUACUGAUUAAGCCUCUAAGGAUUCCCCCGAUGUCGCUUUCCACAUCCUCCGUCUUUCUUUCUAAUGCAACUCUCUCCCCUGAGCUCUCAUUUGUUUAAGUGCUAUCCAUGACCCCGCUGUCCCUGCAGGUUUCCUUUCAGUCCCCUCCCCUUGUCCUCAAAACAGGCCUUUUUGUGUACCACUGAUGUCUUUAACUGUUUCUUUAUCUCUUUUUCUCCUCUCUCUCCGCAGAAUGAUACCUGGUCAGAGCUGUACUCCUUUGCUGUAUUCAAAGCAAUGAGCCACAUGCUGUGCAUCGGUUAUGGUCGACAGGCCCCGGAGAGUCUAUCAGAUAUCUGGCUCACCAUGCUCAGUAUGAUUGUAGGAGCUACUUGCUAUGCGGUUUUUAUUGGCCAUGCAACAGCUCUUAUUCAAUCCUUGGACUCUUCCAGACGCCAGUAUCAGGAGAAGGUGAGGAGCUGAAUCAUUGAAUCUACUCUCUCCCAUGUUAUCAACACUUUUUCUGUUUGUCACUCAACGUCAGGUUUUUAAACUACCCUGAAGGACAUAUGACCUUUAGGAAAGUAUUAUUAUUCUCAAUCAGACUUUGACUGUCACAUCAUCUGUACAAAAUAUAUUGUGGUACGACCCCCCCCUAAGGUUGCUAACUUAGCUUAGCCUACAGACACAGGGAUGGAUUUGUCUGAAGUAGGGCUGGGCCAUAAACCAAAAAUUUACCGAUACUGAAAUUUACGACAAUAACCGACAUCAUUUUGCCCAUGUCAAUAUAUUCGGUGUCAAAAAAUAAACAAAUGAAAGUUGGUUUUGGAUGUGUGUAGGUAGGCUAUGGUUUCAUGUCCCUUUAGGACGCUGUCUUACGCUGGAGACGUGACUCCACCCCAUUCAGUCCGUAAGAAAGAGCGAAAGACAGGUGAGGAGAUGGAGGACGGUUCAAAAGUUGUAGUGGCUUAAGUAGACAAAGUUAAUGUGGAGGGGAUGAGCAGCUUGUGGAGUAGUAAUCGUUUAUUUAUUGUUAUCGAGGUGAACUGCUCAAUCUAUCGUGAUUUGAGGCCCAGCUCUAGUCUGAAGGGUAUAAAACCAUGCAACAACACAUUCCAAUCUCCCUAAAUCUACCCUUUCUGUCUUGCUCAUCUUAUCUUCAACGAAAUUUUACAAAUGACAGGCUGCUGUCUCAGGAGGGUUUAUCUGCUGAACUAUAGUUUGAAUUCAGCUUGUAGAAAUGAGAGUGGUAUUCUUCCAACUGUAGGAUCUGAAAGUUUAUCUCAAAAUGUUGUACUUAUUUAAAAAACUUUUGCACUCUUUGGCCUGCAGUAGUUAGUGCCAGCAUCUGAAUAUUGUCCAGCGUACUUUAAAUAUGAAAUAAAAAAAUAAAAAAACCAAGAUUUUUACAGCAGCGGCAUUCCAAAAAUGUGAGAUUUUGAGAUGUUUUCUCUCUUGUUUUUUAUAUAGUUCUACUAAACUUUGCCAAGCACUUUGAGCAUUUUUGAAACUGUGGGAUCUCCUCUAUGUUCCUCUAGAGGUGAUAUACAGAUUAGUCAUGUACCCUCAUUUUUAAUGCCUUAAACCGUAACACUUUACUAUAAGGUACACAAAAUUACAGUAGUUAAUGAGGAACUAAUCAAGAACUAAUGAGUAGUUCCUGAGGAACUGAGGUACACAAACUCAGAGUAUAGUUACUGAGGCACUAAGGUACACAAACGUUACUGAGGAACUCAUUAGAAGCUCAUGGAGAGGAUGUGCCAGGUUGUCCAGGACGGUACGCAUGGCCAUGAUGAAGUAAUGAUUCAGUCCUCAUAAACUAGUCCUAAUGAUGUCUUACUUAACUUUAAGGUACACAAAAAAGGUCGGUAAUGAUUAAGUAAUAGUUAGUUCCUCAGUGACUAAUUUGUUCCUCGUUAGUUCCUUUUUAUGUUCCCCAUUUGCUCCUCAGUAACUUGUCAUUAGUUCCUCACUAACUACUCCUCUAAAAUUUGAUCAGAGGUUACUGAAACUCUGACCAUUAAUAGUUACUUUAUCAUUAUUUCCUCACUAACUACUCCUUUGAAACUUGAUCAGGGGUUACUGAGGAACUGAUCAUUAACUAAUAGUUAUUUUAUCAUUACUUCCUCAGUAACUACUCUAAUUUUGAGUACUAAGUUCCUCAGUAACUACUCAUUAAUUCCUCAUUAGUUCCUCAGUAACUACUGUAUUUUUGUGUACAUUAUUGUAAAGUGUUUCCCCUUAAACUGUCAACAGUUGCAGAAAGGUACAAUUUGAGGAGAUUAACUGUCUAAUACUGAAACUGUCUUUUUGUACAUUUUUCAUCACAGUGCUUCAAUAUGAACACUGAAUAUUUAUUGAGGUCUUUUUAACAGUUUGCAUGGCUGUUGGUUGUUUAUAUGGAUUGGGUGUAUCUUGUAACAUGACUUGGGGGAAGCCUAAAAGAUGUGUGUAUACAAAUUACAGUUAUGUGUCCUAACAUAUGAGAGAAUUUUUUGAUGAUCUGUGACUGAUCUGGGUAGGUUGGUGUGGUUAAUGAGCUCCAUCAGUGGUCAGUGUUAGAGUUUUCUUUGACGGUGGCUUACCCUGUGAUCACACCUUUCUCUUCCUCUUUGGUCAUAACUGACUGUGGAUUUCAGACCAUUGCAUAUUUUCUGCUGAUUAUAUGGAAAUGUAAGUCUCACCCAGAGUGCAGGAUCUGAAUAUAAUGAAUAUGAAGCAUGAAAAGUGAUGUUUUCUCACAGUUCUGCACCAUAAUGCAGGCAAGCAUCAGGUCACGCUACAGCAGCUUCUCUUGCGUUUUAACCUUAAAGCACAUUAUCCUGUUUAACCCCUCGUGGUUUUUGUCAUUAGAUAGUGUUUUUCUCGGCCUGUCAGACAUUUCUUUGAAACACGAUGUGGAUCAGAGCGGUGCUGAGCCGUGCUGCUGCAAUGGCCUGUGGUGGUAACAGCACAGCCUGUCUGUUUCCAAGCAGAGUCUCGCUGGAUGGGGAGCAGGGGGAGUGUUGCUGGCUUUCAGCAGCCAAUCAGAGGCUGCGGGUGUGUUCGGCCAGGUAGAGCCACGUUGCCAGGGGCUGAGGUUAUGCGUGUAUGUGCGUGUGAUAUGGUAAAGAGACAGAGAGAGAGAGAAAAAAAGAGAGAUGGACUGAGACACACACACACACACAGAGAAGGACUGCGUGUGUGUGUGUGUGUGUGAUAUGAUGUCCCCUUGGGCAGCAGUAGAAUUGAUGAGGCAGCAGACCUGUGUGUCCUGCCAAUGUCAUCCUGAAGGUGACGUAAGCAACCAUGGCUGCCUUUCUCUGCUGCUCUCUCUUCCUGAUCACUCACUCACCAGCUCUCACUCCACCUGCACUCUGUGUCAUCUCUUAUGCGUCUUUAACUGCUCCUCUUUGCGUUCCCUCAACCCCUCUUGUCUUCUUCUCCACCUCCUUAACAUCUCAACCUGAUUUUUUCCCUCCAUCUCUCCUUCCUUCGGUCUUCAUUUCUCUCCUUUUUUUUCUUGCUCUCUGCCCCUCUUUCUCUCCUCUCUGGUGCUGGUGUCCUUGAGAGGUGCACUGCUACUGCUAACUGUCUGCUACAGGGAGCACAGAGAGGGGGGAGGGGAAACCUGUAGGAGACGGAAACGGCCUCGCUGUUGACACAAGUCUUGUUGGUGCACUGCAAGAUAUUUUUUGUUUAGAGUGUUUUGCUGCUUUUUUGUUGAGCUAGCAUUGCGUGGAGCUCCCUGUAGGAUUGUUUAGCUGCAAGGCUGGACGCAUAAUGUCCAAUAAAGGGUUUUAGAAGACAACGAUUCAGCAAUUUAAGCGUUCAUCGGUGCUCUUGUCUUUGCUGUGGGUCCUAGUUGAUGGAAGCUAAAAGGCUGGAGGGGAAAUCCAUUUCGUCUCAUCCCUCAGAGCGGUUUCUUCCACAGCAUGGGGUCAACAUAACAAGCUACAUGUCCCGGAAGAAGACUGUUACAGUCCUCCUUCUUGUCAAAAGGGAAAAGUUUUCACCUGUGCGUCUAAUAUUUAGUAAAAUUUGCUCUCUAACCAGUCUAAACUCUGAUAAAACUUGAGCCCUGUGUAUUUAGGGGGCGUAAUGAGUCACAGAAGUGUCUAUAAUCCUCUAAAAGCUUGUUUAGGUCAGUUUAAGGAUAAACUGAGAAGUAGGAAACAUGCAUGGAGUUUGGUCCCUUAAAUUAAGAUAUUUUCUAACCCACUCUCACCCAAUCCCAGAGUAUGAGAAGACAGGGAAGUGCAUCUCCCCAGAGUCCUUUUUUUCUGACCAGUUGACAGAUUCUCUUUCCCCUAGCUGCUCUGUGAGGAUUAGUAUUUGAGCUGAGGAUGUGUUUAUUUAAAAAAAAAAAAGAAAGAAAAAAUAGAAAAAAGGCCUCGAGUAGAGAAUUGCCAGCCAAGCCAGAGAGGCUGAUGCUGCUGGCUGAAUUCGCCACGCCUCCGGAUAGGACUGUAAGUGACGUUUUUUAUCAUUGGGAGAGUGUAAGCACAACAAGUCUGCUGGCAGUCUGGUGCAGCUAACCCACUGAGGCUGCAGCUAGCAUUGUGUGGAGGUUUCCAUUUCAGCCCGGCAGUAAUGUCAGACUCACAGACCACGCCAGUUAAAUUUAGGGAGAAUUCCACUCAGUGGCUUUGGUGCAGGGACCCAUGAGUUAUUUAUACACGGUGCACAGUGACACACAGCAGAGGGGCAGACAGACCCACAUAGAUGCAUGGAGGUGGUCUCACUUUUGUCACCUUUAAUGCACCGUCCUUUUAUUUGGAAAUUUGCAAAUUAAUUCAUGUUGGGUUAGUUGCAGGUCUGUAUGCUAACCCCCCAAAAUACCCCAUUCAUUUUAUUUAAGUUAUUCUAGUGUGUUUUAUGUAAUUUAUUGCAGUAUUUAAUGUCUUAUCCUUCAUUUAUGUAUUUCCAGAAAAAAAACUCUCAUAAGCCCCACCCUAGGGUUCACAUUAAAGUCCAAUUUUGUCAUCCCAUCUGUUUCGCCCAUAACUUUACAAUUGGAGGCAUUUUUUUAACCGUAUUUUCUCUGUAAGUCUGAUUCCUCUAUUACUUGUGUUAUUUUUAGUUUGUUUUUUAAAAUGUAUUUGCUAAAGCAAGUUGUGGUGGUUUUGCAGCCCUUUCGCUUGCAGAUGUGAGUUGAUGUUGACGCCACACUUGGACUGUGCUUGUUUAAUUUCUAUGUAGUCCAGAUGAAACUCAGAGUUAUGAAUGCUUCCUGUUAACAGAGUUUGGUGAAAACACCGCCAUAGUUUUGUGUGGCCUUGAAGAGUCAUUUGAUUAAUUUCAGUCAGGGGCAACCCACAUUCACUUCAGAUUAGCUUUAAAUGGCCUUUGACGCAGAAACUUAAAGCUCUACAUUAUCCAGGUGGCGCAGAAGUUUUUUUCUAAUGUUUUUAAAGCCUGCAUGAAAUGUUCUAGACAAAGACGGAGAUGUGCUGUGUGCAGGGACAGCGCAUAAUAACACAAAUCUGGAUUGUGUCUCCCUUCCCCCUGACUCCUGGCUAGUGACCAACAUGACUGACAUGUUUACGUCAGGGUCUACGAUUUCAGACUCAUAGCAGAUUCUUACCGUAAACAUACUGACAUCAACUCUCUUCUCCAAUCCUGGCCAAGGCUUUUCUGUGCGUGGUUAACACGUUCUCCUCAGGUGUAUGUCUGGGGUCUUUGUGGGUAAUCCGGCCACCUCCCACAGUCUAAAGAUAAGAUCAUCAGAAAUUCGUUACUCUAAAUCGUCCAUAGGUAUAACUGUCUUAUAUAUCAGACUUAUUAUUGGCUGGUGUUCCCCUCCUCUCGUCCAAUGACAGCUGGGAUCGGCAACAACGUUUGGUUGUACCAUAAAGUUAUUUCAGUGCUGCUCAGGAUGGUGGUUUUUGAGAUGCACAAUUAAAUCGGUAGUCUUGAUCACCCAUCAUCUGUGUUUGCAAACAGCUAAUCAGCUCCAGACAAUGAAAACACUUCCAUAAAGCUGACAUGUUGAAACAUGUUGUUGGGAUGCACAGGCUGUCGUCCCAUUCAUAUUCGACGUGUCACCAUGUCAGCAGGAAAUUUUAUCCUGCCAAAAGCAAUAAACAACUUUAUUAGAUAUUACCUGCCAAUACCAGUACUGUACUGCUUGCUUGUGUGGUGCCAAGAAGUGUCUCAGGAAAAGUACAAACUUUUUAAAAGCGUAACACAUACUUGAAAGAUGUUUAUAUAAGUCACGGUUUAAGAAACAGUUUUGGCGUUUGUCGCUAUUUAGGAUUGCAGGGACUUGUUCGAUUAAAUUCACAAAGUCUCAGGUUGAAAACAAUCUUUUAUGGAUUCAAGAUUUCUGAAGAUUAAGAAGACAAAGUCAUUGUUUACUUUAAAUCCAGAGAAAAAAAAAGCAUGUUAAAGCUUUAUGAUUGUCUUGUUAGUGUUUAUGCAUUCACGGACUGUGCCUUUCAGACAUGAGACAGACAGCAGACUUAUCAUACACCGUCUAAGUCUACACAGACACGUUUUGCAUCAAUAAUCAGCCUGUAACAGCCUCACAGGAGGUUUCACAUUGAAUCAGCUCUCCCCUCUUGGAGUCAUGAAGAAUUAUCUCAGUCAGCAAGAUGUCGACUGAGCGCAGACAGCAGUCUGAGCUGCCUGACAUGACGUUGCAAAAGACAGGAAACAAGAUUGUUUUCUACCUUCUCCCCCUCCUCCUCCUCCUUCUCCUCUUCAUCAUUCCGCCACCAUCAACAAUGAUCCAUCUUCUAAUAGGCAGGCUGCUUGUCACUGAUCACUCUAAUUAUCCAGAACUGGGCUGACUUUGCAGAGAUUAUGGCCAAAGAGAUUCCUGCGCCAACGUCUACAACAAAAACAGUGUCCCUGUGGUUGAGCCAAUGAUACCCACGACUGUGUUUGAAGAACAAACCCUUAUCAGACGCUCUCCUUUGGUCGUCACUCCCUUUGAAUGUUAUAAGGGAUUUUCAGUGUUGCCUUAGAAGCCCUGUUUCAUUUAAUGAGACUUGUACUAAGUGAGACCCCACAGUGUGUUGUUCCUCUCUGUGUACACAUCUACUGAUUGAAGACAGAGGAGACAAGCUCUGACUUACCACUAUCUGAUUUUCCCCUCUUUGGUGAAUGUGCUUUAUAAUAUAAUGAGGCAAUUUUGCAGCAAAUUAAGUGAAUGAAUUAAACAUCUACAUGGUUGUUUGGGAUGAACCCUGAAUUAGAGUUUUGAAUGAAGGAAGGUUGUAUGAUGAAUGAGCAGAAGGACAGAGAUUUCGGGAUAAGUAAGGAAACAAAAAAUGAAAAGGAAAGAGGGAUGAUAAAAAAGGAGAAAUGCUUUGCCAGUAGUGAAUGGAGACAGCUGUUUUUCUCAGAUUAUUACAGCUCACAUACUGUUGUAUUGGUGCUGGUGUAAGUUUUCUCACUGGUUUUUGUCACCAGUCACCAGCUAUUAUUAGUAUUCAUCCACUAGGUAAACGUUUUUGAUCCAGAAAGUCAAUUCCAAGCUAAAUUAAGUGAGAAAUGUGUAAUUUUACUUCUUAAAUGUUGUAGUGUUUAACACCUAAACAGUAACAUUAGCUUUCAGCAAAACAAAAGCUUUUAUUAUCGAUGGACUAGCUGAAUGCUAACAUUAGCUAAUACGGUAGCUGUUGCUGGUAGUGUUGGAAGUAGUAGUGUCGGUAGUAACUAAUGAAACAGUAAAACUACUGCUUUUUUAAUCUACCUGAGUAGAGGUACUUUGAACUCUGAGUAUUGAGUACUUUAAACAGGGGAUGAGAUUUGAGGGGUGAUCAUAUGGCGCCAAGUUAUUUUGAAAGGCUUAUUUUUUCGAGAUAACUGUUGUAGUAUGUCAAACUGGAGACUGUAAGUGUGUGUUAAUGGAUUUUGUUGACACAACACCUAACCACAUUGUGUAUUUUGGGGGUGUUGUACUUGAAGGGUGCUGAGUCACAGAAGGCAAAGAACUCACUUUAAUUGUUCCAGCUAACUGGAUGUCUCAUACUGCUCAAAAUCAGGUUGUGGCUCGCUGUUAGUCUUGUUUGGAAAGAGGAGUUGGUUUAGUCAAAGAUGGGAUUCAGUGAUGAGCUUCGGACUUAGGAAGGACAAAUCUGUGAAUAUAUUCAUGACUUCAUUGGAGUAUUGCUUGUUGUGAUUUCACCAUAAUCAUGCGUGACCCUCUACCCCUGUAUGUAACUUUGCCUGACUGUCAGGUGGUGGAUUCUAACCAAUCAGCUGAGUGAAAAGCUUGUAUUCUUUACUGUUUUUAUUUUUUACCCAGUAAUGGAUGGAAUAUAAUGUGUGAAGAAAUACAGUAUCUCACCCAGAAAAUUCGAAAGUUAAAGUUAAAGCACUGAUUAUAGACACCAUUCAAAUAAGUACAAGUACUUACUAAAAAACGUCUUGAUUAACAUGAUGAGAUGUGAUAGUUACUUCCUAUCCCUGCAACUGGGUUAUCAAACCUGCGGUUUUGACUUAAAAUACAGGCAUUAGCUACUUCAGAUUCUUGUUCUCCAGUGUCUCAUCAGAGUUUUAUUAACUGAGACAAGGCGUCUUAUCAUGAUUACCCUAAAUGUUUAUGACUUUCAACAAAGAAAACCCAAUCCUGUAAAAGCAUUUGAGUCUCCGCCCUAGAGCAGGGUGUCAGGGGGAAAUGACUACAUUGUGAAUAAGGUAAAGAUUAUGAUCUGAAAUAAAGAUACAAAGUGUUAUGAGCCCUUCCCCCCCAAAUAGACGCCAUAUACAAAAUCAUACCGCUGAGACAGAGAAGGGACGUCAUAGUCACUCUGGUUAGGGUGUUAAUCAGUCCCCUCUGGGCGAUGUGACGCUUGAUUCCUCUCCUUGGUGACACUGACGAGAUUUCAGGUCGGCCUCUAAGUAAUCGAUACAACACACUGUGACAUGGCUCACAAAGUCAUUAAAUGCCACCAUCUAAGUCCAAUCAGAUUGGCUUUUGCUGCCUCAUUCAUUCAUGCUUAGCCGAGUCACAAUCCCCUUCACAGCAUGAGUUUCACGUCACAGUCUUGUGUGAGGUUUUCCCUCCCUGCCAGACUACCUCACACCUCUACUUUGUCCACAAUCAGCACUUCUAUUGUAUGAGCGGCACGCCAGCUGCAGCGUUAGCUCUGACACAUGGAGUAAAGCGUUGUGACACAGGGUCAUUUCUGCGGGCCACUCUCCAUCUGCAGAUGUCAGGAGGCAGAGUCACUCAUGCAGGUGAGACUCUGUGUGGUUGUGUAACUCUAUCAGAAGACUUGUGCAGCUGUCCCUACACAGUGGACUUGUUCUUACAUAGAUUCCUGAAUAAUUGAAAUGAUGACAUGUUUGGUUUAUUUAUGUUUAAGAUGAAUGUCAGGAAGGAGAAGUCUGCUUUAAAGAAACCAGCAAGAAACAUGCAUGUCUUCUCUCCACAAUGUGAGAACGUUUUGUCUUGCACUAUGAAAGCAUGACAUAUGAACUCACUCGAAACGAUAGAUUUUGUGCCUUUUGUAUGGUAGCAUUAACUAUGAAAGUGACUUUUCUCUUUUGUUGUUAAUACAGACCUGAAAAAUUAGGCUUUUACAUUCUAUAAGCUAUAGUUCUGCAUGUGAUAUAGAUCUUAUUGCACAUAGAUCACAUACUUAUGGCCCUGUGACUUGUUUUUGGGGCCCUUUCUCAAACCUCCAUGCUCGAAAACUCUGAUUUUUAGGGAUGUUUUUUGGGUGGAGGGCGGGGCUUUGCCUAUAUGAAAUCCUGGUGCCAUGAUGCAGAUUUUUCAAGGUCAAAUUGGGCUCUUUCAAUAAAUCUGCAUCUCUGCAGACUCUCCCGUGGGACUUGCCUAUAGCAGAAUUAAUGAUGUAUAAAAUUUUGUUGCCCUACCCCCUUGAAGGUGUACAAAACAACAAUGGGUGGUGUCAGGAAGAAAAGCAACUCGGUUCAUUGUUGGUGCUGAACGUUAGGUGAUAAUAAGAAGCACGCAUCUUUAUAGGUUUUGAACAGCUGGCAUUGUUUACAGGCCCCUGAAAGCACAUGUUGCCAACAUGGUGUGUGACAUACUCCCCUUUUAUACCACUUUUUGACCUCUGAGAGCAUCAGUUUGUAAAAAAUACUAACAAUAAAAACGCUUGUAUAGGGACAUUUAGAGGAUCUGUACUAGUCAGCAGUUUUACUCUAAGGACUAGGUACUUUUGGUAUUUGGUACUAAGAGUUUAAUCUUUACAGGCUUUGGAAGUUUUCUAGGGGAAAAUGAUGGGUCGAAGGUAGGGCUGGGGGAUAAACCGAAAAUUUACCGAUACAGAAAUUUAUGACAAUAACCAACGUCAUUUUGCCCAUGUCAAUAUAUUCGGUGUCAAAAAAUAAUAAAAAAAUAAAAGUUGGUUGUGUGUAGAUGUGUAGGUAGGCUAUCAUCUCAUGUCCCUUUAAGAUGCUGGAGACGAGACUCCACUCCAUCCAGUCCGUAACCAAGAGGGAAAGACAGGUGAGGAGAUGGAGGACGGUUCAAAAGUUGUAGCGGCUGCAGUAGCGGCUGAAGUACACAAAGUUAAUGUGGGAGGGGGUGAACAGCUUGUGGAGUAGUUAUUGUCCAUUUAUCGUUAUCGAGGUGAACUGCUCAAUAUAUCGUGAUAUUGAUUUGAGGCCAUAUCGCCCAGCCCUAGUUGAAGGGAGCUAUUAGUCUUGUAUAAAGUAAAUAUAUAUUUUGGUAAGACCUGUAAUGAGGCUGUAUGUGAGUUAAACCUUACAUACCCCAUAUUCAAAAUGUUGCACAAUGAUCCAAUGGAGAGCAUGUUUUAUUUGCUAAAAGCCAGACAGUCCAGUCCCUGAAAUAAACACAGACUGCAAACAGCUGAAGUACAAACCUGGCAGAGGAACACCAGGGAAGAUGCCAAGAGCCUGCUGAUUUCUGCGGGUCUCAGAGUUCAGCCAACAGUGGAUAGUAAAAGAUACGCACCCAAAAAUGAUGUAUGAAGAUUUAAGUUUUUAUUGACUUAGUUUGUCAGAAAAUGGAUUGACUGUGUGCAAAUAGAUGGAACAAUUACCAAGUAACGCAUCUGCAUUUGAAUUUGUUUUUUAGGUACAGAUCGCCUAACACUUCAGCAUUAUUAGAGGUAGUAAAUAGCCUGGUGUAACAGUACUUUAUGAGGCUGUGUGGACCACGACAAGGCCUCUGUAGUAACUGCCUUGGUGUUUAAAAAAGUUUAGUCUGUAAGUUGCUUUUAUACCUGAAGUGUGAUUUAUAGUGCUGUUAGGUUUCAUUGCUCUGUGCUGCAGGAUUCUCCCAGCAUAAACAAGUAUUCAAUAAUGUGAAAUAAGAAAUCGUUGUUUGCCAAAUAUGUCUCUCUAUAGGAAACCGGGAGCCAUUCUGUCUGAAAACAAAGACUUCACUCCGGGCAUUUAUCUGGUAGCUCUUGUGGACGCUGAACUCAUAACAGUGCUGGAGCAGGCGGAUCUCUUUGUUUUGCUCCGGGCCUCAGACAGGAGACUAUACCCAAUAUUGUCUGAAACAGUAGUGACCCAGGACGCUCCAGCAGUGGGCUGGUUUCACUAUGUCAAAGCCAUCCUGCUUAACACUGUCAGAAGGUGUCACUUGAUCCAAGCUGACAGUUUUUGUGACAUCCAGUAGGGAUUUUUGGAGUUGAGUUGGUAUGGGCAACAACUUUUUUCAGUGUGUAAAGUGAGUACUGUAUGUGUCAGCCUGCUGAGCUGUCACUCUGCCUCUCAAAACUGAUUCAGACAGCUUUACAGGUGCAGAGUUGAGCUGUGGGUCUUAUACAGCUUUUUGUUUGAGCAGGGUUGAGGUGCACGCAGUCUGACAGCAAAACACAAACAGAAAUCUUUGUCUUGACUGUUGACUUUCGUUCUGUUUAUCUACCUCUCAGCCACAUUGUUUCCUAAGUGGUCACUCUGGAUGGAUUGUGAUUAGCAUAUCUCAACAGUAAAAGCCAAGUGUUUGUGUUGUUGCUGGAUUGGACCCUCAGCAUUUUAUUGAUCAGGUAUUGAUUAACUCCCCGGCAGCAUUGAUCCGAGGGCUGGUGUGUUCAUUUUGGGUGACAGCUGAAGGGCGAGAGCUUGUGCUUUUUGUGUUUGUUGACUCAUGGGGAGAAAAUCAGGUGUACCACUGUUGAUUCAUCUCCACAAGGAAAGCGUGUGUAGUUUUAUUGAUGACCCAUGUCAGCUUGUGGUGCUACCAAAUUUGUUUUUUAAUAUAUUUUGUCCAUGAGACUAUAAAAUGUUCCAGAAACCUCUAGGAAGCAACAGCCCCAUAAACUACAGGCUCCAAGAGGGCCAUAGCUCUGCAGCAGCUCCCUCUUAAUAGUUUCAAUAUAAACUGAACAUUAUGACCAUCAUAAAGGUGGGAUUUAUUACAGGGUUGCUGUGUUAGGUUGGCAUCUGAGUGUAGGUAAAAAAAUCAAAACUGCUUACUGAAUAUCAUAACAAAGACUGUACUGUAAUUUGUUGUAAUUUUAAGGUGGCAAGUGGUGAAAGGUCGUUAGUACACUUGUGAUUCUUGCUGGUUGUGUAUAAAGAUGUGGGAGGAGUGGUGCAGAUGGCCUUGUGGUCAAAGCACACCCAAUAUAAGUUAUAGUCCUCAUCUGGUUCCACUCCUCCCACAUCUUCCACACUCUCUAUAUUUCCUCUUUUCAGCGUUCCUAUUUCAGAUAAAAAAAUACUAAAACACUUGACUUUAGAAAAUCAGAUCAGAUCCUUCAUGCUCUUCAUGAGACAUAUUAUGAAAACCUCUCUUUUUCCAUAUUUUUACAAAAAUACAUGGGUAUCAUGACUAUCCACUUACAAUUCCUUUGUUUGUGGUCGGCCUGUGUCUGAAAUCACACAAUCUGAGAGUCCAUUCUCCUUGUGAAGUCUCACCAAAGUCAUAGUAAUAAAUAAAGCCUGAUCCCUCAGCUGGCAUCUCCACCCUCUCAUUCCAAGACACACCACACAUGGAGUACUAAGCUUCUGGGAAAUCAGUUUUAGCCUUUAGCAUAUGUCGUUAAAUGUACAUGAGCUACUCCUGACCUUCUAAAACCUGCCUGAGAAGGAUCUCAUUUGCAUUUAAAGAGACACACACCAAAACCAACUGUUUUGGGAGAGGCUGCUCGAAGUGGGUCAACACAGGGUCAAAAAACGCCUCUGACGCUUGAUCCAUAUUAUGUUUUAUCCAAAGCACAGUAUAUUAAUGGUCAAAAGGUGUUAGUCAGACAUUCCAGGCCUGACACUGGUCUGUUUGCACACGGCCAUGGCAUGGGAUGUAUUCUACAUCUAUCCAGGCAAGACCCUCCAGACAGUGUUUGGAGGGGGCAGAACCUCUAAAAAAUACUGUACAAAUAUCUAGACUGUCACAUUCAUUUUGGGCCAACCAGAGCAACAAAACAUAUAAUGUUGGCCAAGGACUCAACUAUAUAAUGUAAGCAGGGUAGGUACUUGUCCUCUAUGUAAGCUUUAACUAUAUAUUUCAGUUCAAAGACAACUGUAUCACACAGUAUGAUAAAACUAUGUUAUCAUCUCACUUGUGUAUUUGGCCAGCGACAGAUAUAACUGCAUAUACCUGUUACAUCUGUCCAGGUUAUCUGCUUUGCAAGGUGAAUAAUACAUUCCCCAUAUUUUUUGAUAUUUUAAAAUGCAACAUAACCUUAUGGUCAAUUUUUGUCUUGAUUCACAACUGUAUUAUUUUGUGUACUUUGUGUUUCUAGUGGAUAUAUUAAAAGUACUGCAAACCUUUGUCAAUGUUAAAAAUGUACAUAAACACCAGCAAUGUCUUUGUCUGUUUCACAAGAUGCCACUGAAGUAUCAUCACAGGCUCUAAUUCCUAAGCCCAUUUGCUCACCCAAAGUCUCUGAAAACUGUACGUUUUAAAAAUUGUUUCGGAUGUCAUAAUUUCCUUAGUCAUCUAGGCUGCCAAACCGUCUAAUGGGAUUCUUUGCACCCUGGUUCAGAUGAGACCCUCAAAAGACUGAGAGUAAUACUGUUAAAUAUUAGUGCUUGAUUUUAACUCAGUGGAAAAGCAAUUCAUACAAAUGUUAGUAAAGACAAAAGCUUUAAAACUUGAAAUCAACAAAAAAUUAGUGUGACGGUGGUUAAGUCUCAUGUUUCUUGCUGAGUAAGCAAGUCAGUCAGCUACCUACUUGCUACUCGGCAACAUCUGCAGUGCUGUAUAAUGCAAAGGUAUAAGCAGAGACAGCUGGUGACAUAAACAGCAAAACGUUGUUACUGGUAAUAUUCUUUUCUUUUGACAGAACAUUUUCUCUGUUUGUCCUUCAUUCUCUCCCUCAGUACAAACAAGUGGAGCAGUAUAUGUCCUUCCAUAAGCUGCCUGCAGACUUCCGACAGAAAAUCCACGACUAUUAUGAGCACAGAUACCAGGGCAAGAUGUUUGACGAGGAGAGCAUUUUGGGAGAACUCAGCGAACCUCUCAGAGAGGUGAGACAUUAUCGAAUAAUGAUUCACAUAAUUUCACUUGAACGUAUUAACUUUUUUUUUUGUCAGUACUGUAUUAUUUUUUUUGUUUAAGAUAUCUGCAUAAUUCUCUGGGGUGUUAUUUUAAAUUUUUUGUAUGUUUUGUUUUGAAAAUACAGUGAAUCAGUUAUUGAUUUGCACCUCACUGUUGUGGAUUGAUUUUUAACAGAUGGUUACAAAACUAAAUCUUUGAAUUAUUAGUAUUAAUGCAUCCAGGGAAGACCACAACCUGGGUAUACAACAUCAGAUGUAAUUCCUUUGACUGGCUUUUCUUCUGUCAACACAAACACUGUUUUUAUGGAUUUAUUUCUAGGAAAUUGUAAAUUUCAACUGCCGUAAGCUGGUCGCGUCCAUGCCGCUGUUCGCUAACGCAGAGCCCAACUUUGUGACUGCCAUGUUGACCAAGCUGCGUUUCGAAGUUUUCCAGCCGCAUGAUUACAUUAUAAGAGAGGGAACCAUCGGGAAGAAAAUGUACUUCAUUCAGCAUGGAGUCUGCAGCGUCAUCACCAAGGGAACUCUAGCAAUGAAACUCUCUGAUGGCUCUUAUUUUGGAGGUACGACACAGUGUGUGGCUUGAGUUUGUUGCUUUGUUUAUGGCUACUUUAUUCAAAAAUUCUUCCCUUACUUCCUCCUUGUUUCAGAGAUCUGUUUAUUGACAAGAGGUCGUCGAACAGCCAGUGUGCGAGCGGAGACGUACUGUCGACUCUACUCACUGUCUGUUGACCACUUCAAUGAGGUGCUGGAAGAAUACCCCAUGAUGAGACGAGCCUUUGAGACUGUGGCCAUUGACCGACUAGACCGCAUAGGUAAAAAAACAACUAGUGUUUGAAUACAAACUAGAGAUCACAGCUCAACUUAAUCAACAUUUGAAGGUAAAAUGUUAAUAGUUCUCACUGAGCAAUAGACGGCUAGUUUUUUAGACCUAAUUUCAACCGUCUAGAUUCUGUAUAUUUUUUGCCAUUGCACUUUAAUCCAUUAUUAGUAUUAGUAUAACUAUUUAUUUUAAAAAACUGAUCUCCAAGUACUUAACCAAAAUAAUCAUGAUAGCUGUUGAGCAAUAUACAAUGAAGACCUCUGUUAGCCGGCUAGUCUAAACUUGGUCUAAAUUUAGACGUCUAAAAAACUUUCAUUUUUAGACCUGUUGUAGCCUGAUUUUAGACCAGUUGUUUAGGCAACAUUUAGACGUCUAUUAGACCUCUUUUAGACCAAAAGAUGCUUGGUGGGUUAAAGCCACGGCACAUUUAUAAAGUCUAACAUACAUCUGGCUGAGAAAAAUAGGCCAUGUUUUUCCUUUUUCUAAUCCUAGUUGUCAACAUUAGGUCUGCUUACAGCUUCUUUUUGAUCACUGUUUGACUGCAAGGAGCUGGAUGCAACACUGAGUGUGUGAUUACAGCUAAUUUUACAGACUAUUUCAACACCAAUAUCCUAAAAACAUUUUCUUCCAGCGAUGUUGUUUCAUUUUCUGUUAAUGGGGUUCGGUGCAGUGUCAAUGAUGGCGUCAAGAUUACACUUUUUUCACCAUUUUAAGCAGCUGUUAGUCUCUGCAUCCAGCUUUUAGAUGGGAGAUCUUGAAAAUGAACCCCAUGUAUGAGAAAUAAAAUAAUAUUGCUCUUUGUGUUUCCAGAUUGUAAGUGCUGAAAAAUGCUGUAAAAUGAGCUGUGCUGUUCCCUUGAAAUGAGGGAAUGGUAGAUGAGAGUACAGGGUGACACGUUCAUUUUCCUCAGGGCUUGUUCUGCUAGAGGAUGUACCUGGUGUGAAGGACAUCACAUGCUAUAUCCAACUCAUAUUGUUCUCUCUUUCCAAAUCCUCUUGUUUCCGUUUAUUUAUUCUUUGUUCUGCUCUUUGUCCUCUAUGUCCUCUUUGCUCUCAUCUACCUCUCUGAUAAUCGUUCUUCGUCAUUUUCCAGGUAAAAAGAAUUCCAUCCUGAUGCACAAAGUUCAGCACGAUCUCAACUCCGGGGUCUUCAACAACCAGGAGAAUGAGAUGAUCCAGGAAAUUGUCAAGUACGAUCGUGAGAUGGUAAAGCUGGUGGACCUACAGCGGCCGAGAGCUAUGUCUAUGACCCCCUCCAUCGGCGGUAUCUUUGCCCCUCCUGGACAGCCGCAGUCUGGUUCUGCUAUUGCUACCCUCCAGCAAGCAGUGGCCAUGAGUUUCUGUCCUCAGAUGGCGAGUCCUCUGGUGGGUCCAGGAACCCUGCAGUCCCCUAGAAUGGUUCGAAGGUUUCAGGUGAUGCAGAACCUGUCCAGCCCUGUCUCCAUGUCUCCUCUUCAGUCUCAGCCCCCUCAGGCAUUUGGAGGGGCAUUUGGAUCUGCGAUCUCCAGCCCGCCCGUCCAAAGCCCGCUUGCUGCUUCAGGACGGACUUUCCAGUACAUGGCGAGUGCAGGACCCUCUGGUUCCCAGUUGUCCCUAGUACAGCACCAUGCACCCAGCCCCACACAGACCCAGCAGAGGCCAGCCUCACACAAGAGCACCCACUCCCUUCAUACAGGCAGCCUGAGUCAGGAUACACGGGCCUUGUCUGCCUCCCAGCCUUCACUUCCCCAGGAGGGAACACCACAAGCUGCCUCUGCGGCCCCCAGCCCUCCACCAUCCACUCGCACCUCCAACAACUCCAUCGGCCCCCCUCAGCCACCUCACUCCAGCCUACCCGGGCCAUCAGGGGUGGGGAGAUCAGCAGGAGCUCAACAAAGGGUGGCCUUUGCCUCCACACCCCCUCCUGGUGGACCUGCUGGGUCGGGGGCAGUAGCAGCAGCUGCUGGAUCAGGACCUCCAGACUCUGGAGUUCCCAAGAAAGAUUCAAUUGUCAGCCUUCCAGAGCUAGACUCUGCCAGAUCCCGGCUGUCUUCCAACUUGUGACCCUGGUAGAGUUCAGGAAAGAGGCCUUUUUUGUAGGAGAAUCUGUUUGUUUUAGGUCAGUCCAGCUGAUCUGUCAGCCUGCUCAAUGACCAAUCAGCUACCGCCAGCGCCACACGUCAUUGGACCUGGAUGCACUGUGUGCUGAAGUCAGCAGAAGGAAAAGAGCAACUCAAAGCUUUGAGACACUUUGACUAGGAGGAGUCUAUACAAUUAAACUAGUAUAACUUAAGGUGGAACUGGUCUUGUCUACUGUGCCAGCACCUUUAGUCUUAGUAUCACCCCUUACACUCUGCUUCCAAACACCUACUGUAUAUCGCUGUCUUUACUGUAAAGAUAUGAAGAAGAGUACGAUAAAUGUAACUAUUGCAUACUGUGUAGAAUCCAUGCAAUGCAAUCUAGCAGGAGCUGGACUUAAAAAUGAAAAUCAGGGACUUGAGGUCAAAUGACAAUGACAUUUUAAGCGUUCAAAAGUGUUUUGAGUGUCAUUUUCUUUACGUAUAAGCUGUCGUAGCAAAAGAACACAUUGCUCUCCAUAUUGUUUCAAAUAGUAGUGAAGUAGUGUUUUAGACCGCUGGUCGAUCUUACAUCGAUGUGUAAAUAGUUGAUGAAAAAAGUGCAGAGGGUUAUUAUAUUCAUUGUAUCUACCCAAACCAAAGUUGAGCUCGAACACAAAGUCUGGUUGUGUCUGUAUCAACUAAAAAAGAAACAUAGAAGAAAAUGCCAUUUAUUUAACUGCCUUGAUUCAACGUUAGAAGCCAUAUAUUUGGUUUGUGUGUUUGUGUAUAUGUGGGCGUAAGUCUGUGUGGGUGAGUUUGUUUGUACAUUUUGGUUCUAUUUUCAAAGGAUGGACACACACUCUGUAAACAGCUUUGUGGUGCGUGAUUGGUUUGACAUGCUGACGUCGGCUCUGACCUGUUUUCAUGAAACACCUCUGAGGCGGUCAGACGUUCGCUCAGCCUUCUGAUUGUAACCCUGAGGGAAAAGGUGGUUAAAUAAUCUGAGCUUUAUCGAAAGGAAACAUUUGUGAACAACCCAUACUGUAUACUUGCUUGUUUUCGUCUAGGUUUUAUUGAUUAACACAUGCAAUAUAAUUCUGCAAUACUCUACCCCGCCUAUAUAUAAAUAUAUGAAUAUAAAUAUCUAUACAUAUGCUGUACAGGAAAGUGAACUUGUUUCUUUUUCCUUUUGUUUCUUUUCAAUGUGAAACCUUAAAGAAUCCAGCAGCUAUUGUGGCUUCACUUGAGGUAUUGUAAUCCAGUGACCAUGUUGUUACCUUAACCAAAAAUGUCAGGGGGAGUGAGAGGACAUGCUGUGUCAUUUUUUCAUAGAAAAACAGAAGCAAACAGGCUCAGAAUCAGGAGGAAUCUAUGCUUUCAGUUCAGCAAGUCAGAUCCUCUAAAUCGUCACUUUAAAGCCCAGUUGAAGAUGAUAAAUUGUAAGCAGAAUUGGGGGUUUGGGGGGGAAGGGCAACAUGGGGUUAAAAAAUGCCUCAUUUGUAAAAAAAAAAAAACCUCUUUGCUCCAUAUCAAAGUCUCUGUGCGCCCCGUAUCACCCGAAACCCCCAUGAAUGUCUCAACAUUUGGAUCCUAUUGUUCAAGCGGAAAUUUCUGGACAAGUUUGAGGCUUUGGUUGUAUUAGUUCAAAGUCUUCUGAUCCUGCUGAACCUAAAAAGCCUUCUCUUGCUGAAUGUACGCCAUACGAGAAGGAAGACAGCUAAUCAGAAAUAAACUGCCAUGUAAAUAGAGGGUCGGAGGUUUAGAGAGGCUUUUAUGAUGCAAGGGGGGUUUGGGGGCGUUGCUGUAUGUGUUGCUGAGUGUCUAUGCGAUCUUUUUAGGUUCAAUAAUGCUUCUCUGGGUGGAACAUUACUGUAUUUAACCUGUAUGCUACCACCCCCUUUCCUUACACUACCCCUUACACAUGAGAGGAAACCUUCUUUUGGUUAAUUAAUUGAUUUGAGCGUGAACGAGAGUGAGCUGUACCCGCUUUGAUCUUCCGGGUUUAAAGCGAGCACUGAGGACAUUCAGUUAAGCACCUUCUGUUGCACUUCGACCUUGAAAUCAAACUAAAAAAUCAAUGCUCUAUUCCUCUAAAAUGGCUGCAGUGCUUCUCCUGGAGCUGUUAUCUAGUUAAAAAGUAAGGACGAAAAGUGAAUCCAAUUGGGGUUGAAAAUAGGCAGCUGAUUCAAUGUGUUAAAUAAACACUGCGUCCAACUUUGUUGGCUCUGGGAAUCAAUCCUGAGCCAAACUGUAAAAUCAAUGCGAUGGACAUUUCACUCAGGUUUGCUACCUUUCCAGAGAGAUGUAUUGAUCGCCUCAGCAUGGCAUUCCAUUGAUUUCUGUAAACCCGCCCAUCCUCCCAUAAUCAACCUGUUGAUUUAACCAUGCUGAAAGAUUCCCCUUGAAUUUUGAUUGGCUGAGAAAAAACAAGGAGUAUCACAGAUUGUUAUUGGCAAAACUCGCUGCAGCUAAGCUUUGAUCACUUUUCCUGAGAGCUUUUUGAAACAAGGUGUGGUUGAUUGUUUUUAUCCAAGGGCUUCAUUAUAUGGCUUGUAAACCCUGGCUCAUCGUUUCUGUAGAGCUGCCACACUUUCACUUCCUGUUUUUCGAUCAGUAACAUGCACUAAACUUUUUUUUCUUUGUUGGGUCAAAAUACUUCAACCUGCUCCAUCAGCGUCACUUUGUAUUGCUUUUUCUUAUGGGAAAGGUACACGCCAAAAUGCCAAUGUGAUUGUGAUGAACCGAAUCCAUUUGAGUCAAUAGCUGUUGUGUGCUUCAAUACUGUUCCAGUGCAAUCAAUUGGUCCUCAUCCCUGUUCCUUUGUGCUAAUACCAGAGUUUGCCCUAUUAAGCUGCUAUCAGGACUGUGCUGAUAUUAUUUGAAUGAGUCCACAGUCAGUAAGAGCGAGAUGGACAGAGAGUUAAAAAGCUACAGGAACGUUUCAGGCAAUAUCAGGCACCGUCUCUAUUUCAUUGCAUCCAUCCAGUAAGAUAAAGUGUAAUUCACUCCCACUCAAAGGAUGGCAUCCCAGACUUUGAUCAGUACCACUCUGUUCAAACCUCACGCCAUGAGGCUGAUACAGAGCUAACAUCGCACACACUUCUGUCAGGUAUCUGUUUCGUGUCUGUGCCACGAGUGCGUCCUGGCUCUCAGCCACUGUCGAGGUGUGUGUGACACAGCGCUGUGUUUGCCUGAUGACGGGUGGUUCAAAGUGCGAUUGUUUAAUGGUUCUUCUUUUGGACCUUGCUGUGAAGUGGGAUUGAAAUCCCUCAUACGUGUUUGACACUGACUGACAAUUAUUGAGAGUUUCUACGUUUCAAACCUCUCAUUCUUGCUGUACCAGAUAUAAAAAGGGUACUGAAUGCCUUGGUGUUGAUAUGUUAGCAAAUCAGGGUAUUAUUUUCUGUUUGUAAAGUGUCUUUGAUUUAUCGGUAUAUUCUGUUUGGUUCUUGUUUUUGCAAUGUGCCCCAUGCACAUGGACUGUAUAUACCUUGUGCCUAGUAUAUCUAGUUUCCACAUAGUCUAUUUUUGUGGUAUGUAUGUGCCUGUAAAAAUGCAAAUACGUGUUUUUAUUUUCAACUUGCAAUAUAUGUAAAAAAAAGAAAAAAAAAAACAGUAGAUGAAGACUAGUAUUGCUGAAUUAAAAUGACAAUGUCAGUAUAUAUAAUUUUCCCUGAUUUGGGAAACACAAAAUUGCACAUUUUUGUUGGUUUGAGCCUUCCAACACCAUGCGCGCUGUACUCUGUACUUUCAUGUUCUGUACAUACGGUAUACACAGAGAUGUGGGGCACAUUGUCGUGUUUGUCCACAACCUGCUGUAUCAGAAACAUUUUCUACAGUGAGAGGGUGAGCUCUGACAGGCUUCUGGUGGAUAUCGGCAGUCUAGACGUUAGCUUAGAUGACCUGCUCGUUGCACAGGAACAAAAGAAAACAAAAACGGUGGCGACACCUGCACAAUAUCAAUACAAAACACAACAUGUAAAUGCUGGAUAAUGUAAAACUAUAUUGUUGCACAGGUCUUCAAACACUGACUCUGGUUGCACACUAAUCUGGUGUUUGCUAUUGAAAAAGAAAAGAUCUCUCAAGACAAAACGAGCCUCAGCCGUCUCGAGCUCGACCUCCAGUUGAGUUACCUUGACAGCUAACAGUAGAGUGCAUGCUCGUAUUUUUCUCCUCUAAGCAAAGUUCUGUGUACGAUUCUUAGUGGGACCUUCAGAUCUAGACACUGUCAUGUACCAACUACUGUACAAUGAUUUUAUUUAGUAUUACAGUUUAACCUUUGUGUCGUAGCUACUGUAGCCUGCUUAGCUUACCUAAGCCUUCUCUCUGCUUCAGGACUCUGUGUAUUGUGUGCUUGAGUUUGUUUGUGUGUGUGUGCGUGUGUUCCUGUGCCUUUCCUUCUAUAAUGUUGGUCCCACUGGAGAAUACGACGCCAUUUGAGGGGGUUUAAACCCAAAUGAAGCUGAGAGAGUCAGUUUUAAAUGAUCACAAAUCCACUAAAAAGAAAACUAAUACUGUAACGCUCCUAGGAAUUAAUGACUCUAGCACAGCCCUAGACUUUAGUAGCAUUCCACAGCAUGCACGAGCAGCUCGGUGUGGGCAUCCAGACACACUUUACCAGCACCAUGUAGACAACAGCACAGAUAACUGACACAAUGUGUGUCCUCUCUAUUUCUUUCUCUAUCUCUCUCUGGAGGCCAAUCUGCAACCAUCUCAGGCUGUGCUCGGCUUCUGCUCUUAACUAAAAGUAUCUCAGAACUCCAGCUCUGUCUAAGUUGAUGUCUACAGUCCAGGAACAAAUCAGCUCCCAGCCCGAACUGCAGCAUUUUCAAAAUCGAUUUCAAAGGAUCGUGGAAAGGGAGGGGGUGGGGAAAGUUAAAAUUCUUGAGAUAUUUGUUGCGGCUUUUUCAGGCUGAAACGCACAGCUGGCAGCGAGGGUCUUGGGGUUCUGAUUUGAUCCUGUGUCCAAAAGGCUGUCUUGUCCACCACCUUUGCUGGCCGAGAACACAGAGCCACACCCUGGUCUCUCUCAAUAAGCUGGUCUGUCAGUCAGUGGCAAUGUCGUUUAAGCGUUCGUAAAAAGACGAUACAUUGUUGUGCAAUAAAAAGAUGAGCGCAUUGGCAUACUUACC